UUGUUGACCUGUGCGUCAUUUGAACGUUAGUGUCGUUUAUUGCAUGUGUUUUUUUAAAAUAAUCUACAUAUUUAUAGGGCGAACUACAUUAAAUACAAUUAGAGUGUCUUCGUGUCAAGAUCAACUAGAUCGCUUUAAUAGGCGCGCGAAUGAGCUGAGCCGGCUAACAACUUAGCUACAUUGUGGUUAGCAUCACACGGCUAGCAUAUUUUGGAAUUUUGUGGAAAAAUGUGCAAGUUCCAAAAGAUUAGAGCGUUGGUGAGGCAGCGAUUAAAUGUUGCCAUUGAAGAAAUAUUUGUGGUGUUUGAAAGAGCCGUAGCAGAGUACGAGGAGGAACUAUGUCGGACCAAAGAGGAGAACGAGCGACAACGCGAGCUGUUGAGCAAUGUUUACAAAAGUCAAGACAUCCAGCGGGUUUCACUGGAGAGUCAAGAAGAAAUUCCCCGAGAGCAGCAAAAGUGUGUGGAGCAGGAGGAGCCACAGCCCCCCCACAUUAAAGAAGAAGAAGAAGAGGAGGAGCUUGAAGGACUGAAGGGGGCUGACAUCAGCACGUUCACGGUGAAGAAUGAAGACGACGAAGACAGUGAGGCUCAGUCCUCUCAGCUUCAUCAGGACAGCAAAGGGGCGGAGCCUCUCACUCACCGCACAAGAGAAACUGGUGGAGGAUCACAACGCGACGCUAAAGAACCUUUGGAAAGGACCGAGGACUUGACGUGUUCGGAAUGUGGGAAAACAUUCGCUCACAAGGGUCACAUGACCGUCCACUUGAGGACACACACCGGGGAGAAACCUUUCCCCUGCGCACUUUGCCCCAAAAGAUUCGCCCGCAAGUCGGACAUGAAGUUGCACCUGGCGACGCACGCGGCCCACAACCCUUUCAGGUGUCCCGUCUGCGCCAAGAGCUUCCCGGUCAAGAAGUACUUGAUGAUACACGCCAGAAGACACGUGGCCCACAAACCUUCCGCGUCCUCCGUCUGCGCCAAAAUAUUUGCCACCAAAGCAGAGAUGGAAUCUUACAUGACAACGGAAGCUGGCGAAGAGCACCGUGGGGGGUCCCCGGCAGAUGUGGACGACAGGAAGUCAGACGUGGACGACAGGAAGUCCCACUCUUCUGAGAACGAAGCCUUAGAACCUCCAAAGGACCCGAAAAGCGACCUGGGCAGCAAGCGCUUUACGUGCUCGCAGUGUGGGAAGACGUUUGUCCGUAAGGGGGGUCUGACUCGACACCUGCGGACGCACACGGGAGAGAAACCUUUCAGCUGUUCAGUUUGCGCUAAAAGGUUCCCCACCCGGUCCAACAUGAAAGUUCACAUGGCGUUGCACACCAACGAGAAGCCUUUCAAAUGUUUGAUCUGCGCCAAAAGAUUCCCGCUGAGGAUAUAUUUGGUCAAACACAUGAUCAGACACUCCACGGAGAAACCUUUUCACUGCCCGUUCUGCGAUAAAAGGUUCGCGACCAAGGCGGAGGUGGAGCGUCACGUGGCCAUCCACACCGGGGACAGGCCCUUCACGUGCUCCGUGUGCGCCAAAGGCUUCUUGAACAAGGGGGACAUGGUCGUCCACAUGAGGAGGCACACCGGGGAAAAACCUUUCAGCUGCACCGUGUGCGAGAAAAAGUUCAUUAGUAAGGGUCUGCUCAAAAGACACAAGUGCACCGGGGACGUCCGCGAGGUGUUGGUGGGAAGUGAGGACGAAGGAGAGGAGGAGCCACAGCCCCCUCGUUUUAAAGAGGAGGGCAUGUGGGAGGAGCUUGAAGGAAGCAAGUUCACAUUGAAGCAUGAAGAUGAUGAAGACAAAGCGGAGUCCUCGCAGCUUCAUCACAGCGGGAGUGAGGACAACAAAGGGGCGGAGCCUCCAUCUCACGAGGACACAAACUUUGCUCUCCUGUCAGACACGGACGACAAGAUGUCGCACUCUUCGGAGAACGAGCACAGCGACAACGCCAAGGGCGGCGAGAAGGCGUGUCUGGGCGACACGGGACAUCACGCCGACAACAACCGAGUGGCGUGCUCCGAAUGCGGCAAGUCUUUCGUCUACAAGGGAGAUCUGAAACGACACAUGCGAACGCACACCGGAGAGAAACCCUUUGCCUGCACCGUCUGCGCCAAAAGGUUCGCUCGCAACUCCGACAUGAAGAUACACGCGGUGACGCACAUGGACGAGAAACCCUUCAACUGUUCGACUUGUUCCAAGCGCUUCCCGUCCGAGAAAUCCCUGCUGACGCACGCGCGGCGACACACGGCGAGGAAACACUUCGCCUGCUCGUUUUGCGCGAAGCGGUUCAUCACCAAAACGGAACUGGAGACCCACGUGAGGACACACACCGGGGAAAAACCCUUUUCUUGUCCGGUGUGCGCCAAGAGGUUCUCGCUGAAGGGGGACAUGGUGAGGCACAUGAGAACGCACACGGGCGAGAAACGCUUUCCCUGCUCGGUUUGCAUGAAAAGCUUCUCUCGCAAGGAGGACAUGAGGAUCCACAUGAGGACGCACACCGGAGAGAAACCCUUCAGUUGCGACGUGUGCCAGAAAAGCUUCGCUUACAGGAAGCAGAUGAGGAAACACAAAUGUGUUGUUGCUGACAGCACAGCAGGACUCGCCGACUCUCACAGCUAUUCACACGACUUGGGACACUGAUAAGGUCUUCUUUUUAGCAUCAUGUACAUUCAAGACGCUCAAGUUAGUUUUGUUUUAAAGGCAACAAAGCAAACGAAUGGUCUUUCUUGCCAAUAAUGAACUGUAUUUUACUUUAAUGCCAAGAGAUACACAAUAUGAUCACUCCUAACUCAAUGCAGCUCGUUUGUGUGAAAGAAUGUUUAUCACCUGCGGGGAAAAGUGUCGUUAUUUUCAGCGUGCACACAAUUUAUGAUUAAACU